AUGUUGUACGAAGUGAGAUUCGCCAACUACGGAUCAGAAACGAUCUACGCGGUCUUUCUGUUGACACUCGCGGAGCGACGGAUCAAGGAUGAGCGUACUAAACUUGAGCAGAAAAAACAGGAACUCGAUGAGCAGGAGAAGCGCCUGUUAGAGUUGAAAAAAGAAAUAGAAGGAUGUAGUAUUAGUGGCAAUCCUAAUACGCAUCCAUCUACUUCCGCUUCUACUCAAUCUGCUCAAGUGCAAAAUCAAAACGCCAUCAUCGUCACUACUGGUGUUCGUCAAAAUGAGACUGAAAUACAAAAUCAUGAUGAAGGUGAAGGGGCGUCAAGGGAAGUCGUCCUAGCCGUUACAUCUCCGGUGCCAUCUACGAGCAUUAGUGCAGAUAAUCAGGUGACGACACAACCAGAAAUAAAGAAAUAUUUUCCAAUAUUUCUUCAACAAAGAAAAGAAGACGCAAAAAAGGAACAGAAGAAUAAAACACUAGAUUUUUGGACAGACAAGGACAUAAGCAACUUAAUAUCUAACGUUGUCUAUGCAAAACAACAUAACAACUGUUACUAUAUUAAAUAUGCUUGGCAAAAAAUGGGCAUGACAAGGAGCAUCAAAGCCUACAGAAAUAAAGUCGAAUCUCUUAUGAAGCAGUGCAAUCAAAAUAAAAUGGCAUUCAUCACCUCAUAUAAUAUAACAGCGAAAGAUGCUGAUAUAUUCAUAAGAACAUAGAUUAUUCCCUAUUUUCUUUUGUACUUACCAUUAAAGUACAAUUAGAUUUAGGUAUAAUUGACGGCAACGAUAAUCUAUUUUCUUUGAAUUGAUUAUCCGGACAUAUUUAAUAGCCUUUGAAUGAAAUUUUCUAUGGACAGUGUGCUACUGUGCUUCUUAA